AUGGACAAAAACAUCCGUAUUGAUGUUCAUCAUCAUUUCUUUCUUGAUGCAAAACAAAAGAAAAAGAGAAAUGGUGAGAUAGGCUGGCGGACACCAGAGGAAAACCUACCAUGGCAUCCCACCUUAAGCCUGAAAGCGAUGGAUGCACUGGGUAUCCAAACAGCCAUCCUGUCACCGCCUCCACUGUCGUCUGGGGCUAUUGGGUCUGAGAAUCGCGCGUUUGCAAGAACUCACAACUCAUAUGCCGCAAAACUCUGCAAUGUGUAUCCAGAACGCUUCGGCUUCUUUGCAUGUCUUCCUACCCUCAACGAUGUCGAAGGCGCACUAUCUGAGAUUUGCCACGCUUUAGAUCAUCUCAAAGCAGACGGCAUCGCUCUUAUCUCUUCUUAUGGGGAGGGUAUACAUGCAAAGUAUAUUGGCGACGAUUCGUAUGAUCCUAUCUGGAAGGAGCUGGAUCGACGACAGGCUGUCGUGUUCCUUCACGGCGCGCAAACGCCUUCCUCCACACCCUAUCCACAUGAUUUCCUUGGCCUACCGAUAUCAGAGGUUCCGAACGAGACAUUCAAAGCUGCUGCCCAUCUCGUCGUGACAGGGAGAAAACGCAAGUAUCCGAAUGUCAAAAUCAUACUUGCUCAUCUCGGAGGAAGUACGCCCUUCCUCGCUGCGCGCGUAGCCAUUCUCUCGAAGCAUAUGGGCUGCACACUCACCCCUGAGGAGAUACUCCAGGAUUUCAAAAGCUUCUACUACGAGACCGCUCUCGGUGCCCACGAGGUUACUCUGACGGCAAUGGAGAAGUUUGUCCCCCUAGAUCAUAUAUUAUUCGGAACUGAUUUUCCAGCGGUCAGUAUCGAAAUGGCCAGCUGGUAUACAGACAAUUUAGAGAAUUUCUACAAUGGCGAUGCCAGAAAACUCGAUGCCGUCACCCGUCGUAACGCUCUGAAUCUUCUCCCCAGGCUCAGGCUGCAGUAG